CCGCCGUCGGCUGCUCUCGGGCCUCACGUCCUGCGAGGCCGUGGUCGCCGCCGCCGCCGCCGCCACCUCCCUUUCUGGCACCGCAGACACCACCGAGAGCCAGCCAGGUCUUUCUCCUCUUUAAUGCUCCCUGCGCUGCUCCUCCUCAGCCUGCCCGCCGCGCCGCUCGCUCUCGAGGCGGGAGGGAGGGGAAGGGAAUCGAGGGGGCGAACAGAGCCCUCCAAGCCAGGAGUUGGUCACUGACUGGAGGAAGGUGCCAAACCUGACCCGGGCUCCAGCCUGAGAGCGGGCCGGGGGCGGGUCGCAGCCCCGCUUAGUCCAACCUCCACCAAUCACAAGCCGCGCAGAGGAGUCGGGCGCCAGGAGAGGCUGAGCUGAGUCGGCAAGAGGCGGGGAUUGCGGAAAAGAAGAGCCAAUAGAAGCAAAAGCUCCCCGCCCCUCCGCCUUGAUGGACUGCCACGUUCGGACCAAUGGGGGAAUUCUCGCUUCGGAGAAAGCGGGAUUUACACGCCGGGUUUGAGAGGGAGGCUGUGCGGAGGGGGAGGGGUCGAGGCUGGGCCGCGUGGAAGAACCUUGAUGGAACUGAGAGGCAGGACGGUGUCCUUUCACCUCCGCGCGGAGUCACGUGGGCUGAGGGGGCGGGGACGGAAAGGCUAGAUGAGUUCCUUCCGGGUCAGUGACAGAAGCGUCAACUUCGUGGGGUAGUUGCUGGCGUUUUGGUCUCCCCUGCAUCUUCCUUUGUCCAGCGCGAACUUAUUGUGGUUCCGGCGAUGAGCUCCCAGAAAGGGAACGUGACUCGUUCCAGGCCUCAGAGGCACCAGAAUACGUUUAGCUUCAAAAAUGACAAGUUUGAUAAGAGUGUUCAGACCAAGAAAAUUAAUGCAAAACUUCAUGAUGGAGUAUGUCAACGGUGCAAAGAAGUUCUAGAAUGGCGUGUGAAAUACAGCAAAUACAAACCAUUGUCAAAGCCUAAAAAAUGUGUUAAAUGUUUACAAAAGACAGUGAAGGAUUCUUAUCAUAUAAUGUGUAGACCAUGUGCCUGUGAACUUGAUGUUUGCGCAAAAUGUGGAAAGAAAGAAGACAUUGUUAUUCCGUUUAACAAAGAAAAAGAAAAAACAGAAAAUUUUGAAAAUAAUCUAUGUUCUAACCAUCAAAGAAGCUGCAGAAGAAACGAAGAAAGUGAUGAUGAUUUAGAUUUUGAUAUUGAUUUAGAUGACGCAGAAGAUGGCAAUCAAGCGGAUUAACAUAACUAUACUAAAGUCAGUUUGAAAACAUGAAAUUCUAAACAACUUUGGACUUUGAGGGUUUUACAAAAAAGUACUGUGAAAUCCUAAUGAGGAAAUCAUAAAAACCUGUAGAAAAUAGGCAAAACUUAUACAGGGACAAUAUAAAUUAUGUAUGAUAUUUGAAUAAUUAUAAAGCUUUUACCCAGAGUUUUCCUAUAAUAAAUUUUAAAGUAGCAUAUGCUAGAAUAUCUGCCAAAAUUAGUAUGGGUUUAGCAUUUUGCAGUUCGUGGAAAUUAUUUAGAAUUUACAUAUACUACCUAUAUCAAACUAAGUAAGAUUCAGAAUUGAUGAUUGUGUAAGAACUAUCUCAUGGAAAAAUCAGAUGACAUUAUUAUAUUGCUAGCCUCAAAAACUGGUCCUCAGUAACUACCUUUUGAUAAAUUGAUCUCGAGUAAAUGGCCCACAUAAGAAAAGCCCGCCUACUUAUGUUUGCUUGUUAUAAAGCGAAAAGUUUAUUAUAAUAUUUAACAACUGUAUAGCAAUUUUUCAUUGGAAGUAUUUUUUUAUAUCUUAUGACAUUUUUUACCUUUUUUGUCUUGUGAAAUAUACAUACAGAAAAAAUGCAUAAAAUAUAUAUGUAUAUUUAAUAAAUAAUUAUUUAAAAAGUCAUACAUCUAUCACCUAGAUGAAGAAACUAUUCCUAAACGCUAUAAAUUAGCUUUGUCUUAUUUUUGAACUCUUUUCUCUUUUUCUUUUAAUCUCAAACCUAAAGAAAAGUACCAAAUAGUACAAUGAAUCUUUGUAUACUCUUCACCUAGGUUGAUGAUUGUUAACAUUUUUCCACGUUUUCUUUAUAUCACAGUAGAUGGGUCUAGAUAUAUAUUUUAUUUACUGAACCAUUUGAAAAUAAGUAGCUGGCAUUGGUUUUGAAUUUUAUAUGAACAGACCUAUACUAUGCAUGUUAUUUUCUCUCUUCUUUAUUUCAUUAUUAUGAAAUUUGUGAAAUUGAUCCAUGUUGUUGCAAGAGCUCUAAUUUGUUCAUUUUACAUUACUGUGUUUUAUUCCGUUGUAUUUACAUACUAAUUACAUACAUUAGAGAGGAUAAGUUGACUUAUCCUCUCUAAUGUUAAGGGACGAUUGAGUUAUCUCAAAUUUUCUUGUUACAACCAAUAGUGCUAUGCACAUUAGUAUAUCUGUUUCUUGGUACACAUAUCUUAUUUCUUGGUACACAUUUCUGUUAGAUGUAUGUCCAGCAGUGGUAGAGGACAUCAGGUAUAUGCAUCUGCAGUAUUACUCUAUAAUGCCCAACUAUCUUUCCAGAAAGAUUGUUCUCUCCCUUCCCCACAGCAAUAUAUAUAUAUGAGAAUUCCAGUGCUCUGCAUCCUUUCCAACACUUCAUAUCAGACUUUUUAAUUUCUGUCAAUUUUAUAUGUAUGCUACAUAUAUCUUUGUCUUAUUAAUUUGUAUUUCCCUAAUUACUAAUAGGCUUAAGCCCCUUUUAAUGUUUAUUGACCAUGUGGUUUUUGGAUAAUAGAAGAUAUUAAUGAAUUGUUUUGGUGAAGUUUAAUAAUAUUACUUAAGAAAUGCAUACUGAAAUAUUUGAGUGUAAUAGCAAUUUAAGAUAUUUCAGCAUAAAAAAGUAAAGACACAGAUAGCAUUUUAGUGGCACCAAAAAUAAGUUACCUAGGAGUAAAUUUAAAAAAUACUCAAGAACUUUAUACACAAAAAUAUAGAAUCUUAUCAAGAUCCAAAGUGGAGACAUAAAUAGAGAAAGAUAAAAAUAAAUGGGGAGAGAUACUGUGUUCGUGAUGUGGAAGUCUCAAUAUUCUAAGCUUACAGACUUACAGAAAGUUUCUCUCCCAUAAAUUUAUGUGGCUUUCCUUUUUGCAUAUAAGUUUAUUUUCUAGACUAUAACUUUUGCAGUUGAAGAGCCAACUAAAUUAUUAUUAGACCUACCAUAAAUUCUUUGCCAUUUGAAUGAGUUAUAAGUCCUCAGAUAACCUUACCAGAAGAGAGAUUUAACAAAGAGCAUCACCUAGUGACAUAUACUAAUAUCUGCAUUUCGUCCUUUAGUGCUAAGACAAGUUGUUUUGUUUUGUUUUUUAAGAAGACUUAAAUUUAAUUGUUAUGUUUAGUUCAUUUAUAUUUCUUUAUGAAUUAUCCUUUCUAAUCUAAAAAUUACUUUUUUAUUGGAGCUCAGCAUGGAUCUAAAUCCUGGCUCUGUCACUUACUAGCUGUAUGACUUGGUACAAUUUAACUUUCUGUGCUUUGGUUUUCAUGAGAUUGAUAGAAGGAUUAAAUGCAUUAAUACGUAAAAUGCUUAGAACUUAUGAGAGCACCACAGAACUGAUAUUAUUAUUGCUCCUAUGUGAUUAUAUAUAUAUAAAUUAAUUAGUCAUUAUUAAUUAGUAAUGAAGACAUGAAUUUGUUUGCCUACAUUCUGAAAAAGAAGAGUUAUAUAUGGAUUCCAUAUAUAUAUGGAAUAUAUAUAGAAUCCUGUUACUUGCUCAUGCUAUCUGGUUCCAGAGUCUGAUUUUUAACUACUGCACAAUAGUGCUGCCACUCUGUCAUAUGUCAAAAGCAUUUCUAUAGGUAAAUAGAGAAAAAACUUUAUUAGAUGGGGGACAUGGCAUGAACAAGUUAUUGGUGACUAAAAAGGCUUGGAAUAAUAAUGGAAAUAAUAUAGUAAUAGCUAACAUUCUUAUUUCAUUUGUUCAACGAAUAAUCAUUGAGCACCUAUGUGGGCAAGGCACUGUUCAAGAUACUUGGGGUACAACAAUGAAGAAAGCAGAGAUCCAUAUCCUUUCAGAGAUUACCUUUUAGUGGGUAGAGACAGACCGUAAACAAUAAACACAGUAACUAAAUUAUAUGUUAGAAAGUAAAAAGGGCUAUGGGAAAAAAUAAGGCAUUGUAGGAUAGUUGGGAGUCUGAGGGCAUGGAUGGGGUGGGGAUGAGCGUGUACACGUGGGGAGGAAGUGGGCUAUGAUUUUUUAAUAAGGUGUCCAGGGGGACAUGUUGGGGAAGAAUGUUCCAGGCAGAGGCAAAAAGGCACAGCAAGGCCUCUGAAGCAAGAUUGUGCCAGGUGUGUUCAAGAACAGCAAGGAAAGCAGCAGUUAAGUUGGAGAGUCCCAAGAGAGAAGAUCAGGGAAGUAAUGGAAGGCCAGCUCAUGUGAAACCUGCUUUUAAGAUGUUUUUACUUUAUCUUUGGUUUUCAGCCACUUGACUAUGAUUUCUAAGGUGUGAAUAUCUUAUUUAUGCUAUUUAAGAUUUUCUCAGUUCCUCCAAUCUGUUGGUCCAUGUCCUUAAACAGAUUUGGAAAAAUGUUCAGCAUUGUUUCUUCAAAUAGUGCUUUUCCUAUUCUCUCCUCUCCUUCCAGCUCUCCAGUUACACGUUAGACCCUUUUGACUGUGUCCCGUGUCUUUCUCCUGCUCUGCUGUCUUUUUUCCAUUCAUUUUUUCCUUUCUGUGCUUCAUUUUGUGUGUUUUCUAUUGGCCUUUCUUGGCAUUUGUUAAUUCUGUCUUCUGAAUAAAUAGGAUUAAUGUGUUCAGUCUGCUUUUAAACCCAUCUAAUAAAUUCUUAAUUUCUCAUACUAAAUUUUGCAGUUCUAAAAUGUCCAUUUGAUUCUUUUUUAAUAGAUUAUAGUUCUGUUGAAAUAUUCCAUGUUACCUAUCUUAUGUGUCUUUUUCUCUAUUUUCUUAGACAUUUUAAUCACAGUUAUUUUGAAGUCCUUGUUCACUUUUGUUUGCUUUUAUUGAUUAUUUCCUGAUUAUGGGUCAUUUUCCCCUGCUUUGCUCAUCUAAUUUUUAUUGUAUGCUAGAAAUUGUGGAUGACACAUUAUAGAGGCUUCCUCUAAAAACUAAAUUUGUGCAGGUCACCUUGAUUCUGUCAAAUCUUAGUUUUAGGCUUUGUUGGGGUGAUCUAUUUCAGUUUCACAUUUAUUUCUAGAAUUCCUUAUUCCUAUCUCUUAGUCUUCAAGUAUUGUCUUUAUUCCUAGAUGUGUAUUUUCUGGGGUCUUAACUUGUUGCCAAGAGUGUUCACCCAGGUAUCUCCACUCUGGGUGAGCCCAUCCUCCUGCACUGUGUGACCUCUGAGGUCUGACUAGCUCCAAGCCACUCGGCUGCUGUUCUCUGCUAGGACUCCUGGGGUUGUGCCCUGUGUGUGCAGCUUAGGAGACUAAGGAGUGACAGAGAAGUAGGAGGAGAACCAAGAAAGGGUGUCCUGGAAGGCAAGGGGCGCAUGUAUUGAGUGCUCACUGUAUCCUGGCCCAGCUCUAAACUAAGGUCUUUUGCGAUAAGCACAUUUGAAUGUUCAUUCUGGCCCUGUGUAGUGACAACUAUCAUGAUCCAUGUUUACAGAUGAGAAAGCGAGAUGAAGUAAUUUGGCAUACAGCCAAAAAGUGUCAGGCCCAGGUUUUGAACCUAUACAAGCAUCUGAUCCCAGAACCUCUUCUGCAUGUUAGAGUUAGUAUGCAUAAGAAUAAUAUGUGAGUCGCUGACUGAUAACGCCACUAUAUUCCAUACUCACAGUCAGUCCCUCUGCCAUGCUUUCAUAUUCCCUUAUUUCAGACAAUUUAGAGCUUGUUCCUUUUUUUUUCUGAAGAACUUUUGGGUUCCAGCAUCACUGGAGAGUGCUUAGGCUUUUAGCCACUGCUUAUGCACCUGAAUUGAAUGACUUUUUCUUACUCACCCUGUGACUCUUUAUUUCCACAUAUGAAUCAUAAUACCGUAAUCUUUCUAAUUAGAUGAUGUCACUUUAUUGUGAGAACUUGCAUAAUAGACGGAAUAUAAGUGUUUACCAGCAAUUCUGGAUAUAUCUAGGAGCUGUACUGGGAAGGUAAGUUGUAGUGAUUAACUCCUAAUACAGUAAUAAUAUUAGAAGAAGAAAAAGAAAGGUGUUACUUGGUGCUUAACAUACAUUUGUUACUCAGGUAGCAUAAAGAGCGCUGCUCUGAGUCAGUAUUCUCCAUCUUUCAGGUGAGUCAGCUGAGGCUCAAAGGUUGAGUCACUUGCCAAAAUCCGAAAAGACAGUAAUACAUCUGAGAUUCAAACCAAGUCUAUAUGGCUCCAAAGCCUAUCUUAUUGCAACUACAUUUAUGCAAAAUUACAAAUGGUCCAGGUUCCUAAGCA